AUGUUAUGCUCACACGUUCGUUUUAUUUUAUGUUCAUCUCCACGGCAUCGAUUUUUUGAAGAUGCACGCUUAGCACAAAAAUAUCUAUUAUGUAUUUCCAAUAAUUUAUCCACAGCACCAAUUCAAAAACUGUCGGAAAAAGCAGAUCAUGAUCAGGGCAAUUAUCCAAGUUUCGACGAUCUCGUUAACACAAAAAGAAUACUAUCUGAUUUUAAAAAACCGAAAAUAGUUGAAUUAAAAACCUCCGUCAAGGAUCAAGAGAUAACAGUACAAACAAACGAUUUACUUAAAGCAAAAGUAGAAGAGAAGAAGUUGUUUCCUUCUACCGAAUCUGUUCCACUCAGUUCUGAAAACUCUUCAUCCGAUUUAAAUUUGAUUAAACCAUCAUCAUCUCUUCAUUCCACUAGUAAUACCAAGGAACUUUUUCUUGAAGCACCCAUCCAUACACCAGUUUUACCCGGUAUACCGAUUUCUUCUCCACAAACAACAGCAGUUUCUUCAGAUCAAUCAUUAACUCAACAAACAUCAUCCAGCACAUCUAGACGUAUUAUUAAAUCGAUAACAUCACGAUUACCAUUUUUAUCAUCAAAAUACACUCACUCAACUUCAUUCGAUAUACCGUCGACGCGUGAAAACUUCAUACCGGUAACACGUCCAUCGUUGAUCCGUUUAAUUGCCACCGAUUCAAAUUUAUUAGAUGAUGAUGAACGACUAUUAUUUCAUCAAUUAUGUUCUGGUUUUGAUUCGGCUGUUGUUCAACGUUAUCAUCCCGUGUUAAAUGAAUUAAAACAUUUAUUUGAUCCAUUGAAUCCUGAUAAUGAGACUCAUUCAACAGGAAAAGUAUCUUAUCGAGAUAAACUAGAUAGUGAAUAUUGGUUAUUAGAAAAAAUUGAUGAUGUAUUAACGAGAGCAAAUUUUAAUGUAUUACCAAAAACGAUAAUUGUCGAUAAAUUAUUAAAUAAUGAACAUAGUACAUUAAAUGUAAAAGUAAAUGGUUAUGAUUAUGAUAUAUUAAAAUUUUGGAUAUUAGGACGAGAGAGUGUACCAGAUGAACAUAGCCCAUGGUAUAAACGUUUGUUUACAUUUGGACGUAAAUUAUCGUUACCAACACAACCAACAACCACAGAUUAUUUUAAACGUGUGAUAUUAGCCGUACGUCUUAAAGGACAAGAUCGUCUGUAUUUGAAAGCAUUUCGUGAUAUACCAUUAAAAAAUUUAACACAACUACUACCAAUUGGACGAAUUCAAAUUGGUAGUUCUGAACAACAAUUACUGUGGUUAACGUUGUUUACCGGCACAGCCACAGUCCUUACAAAAUUAAUAACAAUAAUAGCUGAUAUUCAUGUACCUGGUAUUAUGUUAGCUGGUGGUAGUCUGACUUUAUUUAUUGGCAGUUAUGCCUAUAAAAACUAUACGUCAUCAAAAUUCAAUUAUUUUACAAAUAUGAAUCGUCUGCUGUUUUAUAAAAAUAUUGCAAAUAAUAAAAGUUUACUAGCAAUGAUUGUCGAUAGGGCCGAGGAUGAAUUGAGUAAAGAAAUUUUACUCGUUUAUAUCUAUUUAUUAUCAAAACAAAAACUUCAACAAGACUUAACAGUGAAAACACUUGAAAUUGGAAUUGAAAAUUGGCUUCGAGAAAAAACAAACAGUAUUGUUAAUUUUAGUAGUGAACAAUCUAUAGAAUUUUUAAGAACAUUAGGUAUUUUACAACAAAAAGGUAAUGAUACUAUUGAAAAGUUAAAUGUUAUACCAAUAAGACAUGCAGUCGGUAUCUUGCCAAUGAUUAAUCGUACGCUGAGUGAAAAAAAUGAAGAAAUGGAUUUAAUUGAAGGUUAUGAUAAAAAAUAUUACGAAAUUGAUUGGAAAACAAUGUUAUAUGAAGAUAAACAAUUGAAAAAAGGAGGUUGGAAAUAA